AUGGGCCCAGCAGGCGGAGCCGGCAUCUGCGGAGAGAGAGAGUCGUCACGGAUUGAGUUCUGCGACGGCGCGAUUAGUGGCGGGCUUCACGGUGAAAUCUGCGGCGUGUUUGCCGCCGGGCCGCCGCCGGGGGCACCGGCGGAAGCGACGCGCGAUUUCGCAAGCGCGCUUUGGGGACCGACGAGUCCGGCGUCGGCGCGUUACCCGGGCCGCGACGCCGAGUCGGAAUCGACGGGAAUCUCCGCAGAGGGAAACGCGGGGAAGAGGGGAGCGACGGCGGGCGCGGCGGCGAGAAACGGCGGUGGCAGUGGUGGAGGUUUGAUGGUAACAACAGCAUCCGCGGCAGCGGCGGCGGCGUCGGCGGCGGCGGCGGGAGCUCGUGUAGGCGGAAAUGGCGCAGCCGGAAAAAUCCACCAUCUUGCUUUAGUGCCACUAACGGGGUCGACUACAACGAGUAUGCGCAAGGUGCACAAGGCGGACCGCGAGAAGCUGCGGCGCGACCGCCUCAACGACCAAUUCGCGGAGCUCGCGACCGUGCUGAGUGCGUCUCUCCCCUCUCCCAUGCGCCUUUCAACCUUCCCCUCCCCCCUCCCAUGCCGCGCCUUUCCCCUUCCGCUCCCCCCUCCCAUGCACCUUUCCCCUUCCGCCCCCCUCCCAUGCGCCUCCCCUUUCCGCCUCCCCCGCUCUCACGCUUUCCCCCUCCCCGUUUCCGCAUUCCCCCUUCCCUCCGCCUCCUCGUUGAGCACAAAACCGUGCCACCCAUUCCCCUUCCCGCUUUCGCGUUCGCCGCUUUCCCCUUCCCCGCUCACUUCCCCUUCCCCGCUCACUUCCCCUUCCCCGCUCACUUCCCCUUCCGACUCUCCAAUCUUCGAUUCCCGCCUCUCGUCCGUUCUCUGUCCCCCUUUCCCUUCCCCUUCCCCCGGUCCCGACCACCCCGAGCGGCCAAAGAACGACAAGGCGACCAUUCUGGGCGAUGGCUUGGUGAUGCUCAGGCAGCUCAGGCUGAGCGCCUGUCGCCUCCGGUCCGACCACUCUGCUCUCUUGGACGAGUCCAAAGAGCUUGGCAGUGAGAAGGCAGCGUUGAAGGUGGAGAUAGAGGCCAUGCAGGCUCAACUGGGCAGUGAGAAGUCGGAGCUGCAGCAGGAGAAGGCAGCACUGAAGAUAGAGAUAGAGCCCGGCCCCCCCACACACACCCAGCCGCAACACCCAGCACACCAGCCACACAACCAGCAGCAGCAGCAGCAGCAGCAGCAGCAGCAGCAGCAGCAAGAGCAGCAGCAGCAGCAGCAGCAGCAGCAGCAGCAGCAGCAGCAGCAGCAGCAGCAGCAGCAGCAGCAGCAGCAGCAGCAGCAGCAGCAGCAGCAGCAGCAGCAGCAGCAGCAGCAGCAGCAGCAGCAGCAGCAGCAGCAGCAGCAGCAGCAGCAGCAGCAGCAGCAGCAGCAGCAGCAGCAGCAGCAGCAGCAGCAGCAGCAGCAGCAGCAGCAGCAGCAGCAGCAGCAGCAGCAGCAGCAGCAGCAGCAGCAGCAGCAGCAGCAGCACACACACACAGUCAGCAGGCGCCUUUGA